GUGCGUUACUCUAAUUCACACAGACUUGUAAUAUUUUGUAUACUUACACUCAAAGUGCAAAACUAGCUGGUGAUGUAAAAGUAAUAUAAAGUAACAAAACUGGGAAAAUGGAUCAUUUGUCCUCUCUUGUUACCGUAUUUUACUACUAUCCGAGUAUCUGGAUUCUUCUGAUUGUUGGUAUAUUGUACAUAAUUAAGAGACAAUAUUUUGGUCAUUGUGAGUGUACUCUUCAAAAUCGUUUGGAUGGCAAAACGGUUAUUGUCACAGGGUGCAAUACAGGUAUUGGUUUGGAAACGGUUGAUGAGUUGGCUCGCCGUGGGGCACGAGUUAUUAUGGCAUGCAGAGAUCUGGGAAAGUGUAGAUACGCUAAACAGGAGCUUUUGUCCAGGUACUGCUAUAAUAAGUCAUCAACGUCACCUUUAGCACAAAAUGUAAUGGUAAAACCAGACCAGCUAAUCUGUGAGGAGUUGGAUUUAGAGUCACCUAAGUCUAUUCGAGAAUUCGCAGAUCGUAUCAUCAGUAGAGAAAAAUUAGUAUCCAUUCUAAUUAACAAUGCAGGAGCAGAUUUCCCUGAAAAGUUAUAUGAUGAAAUUGGCAUUGAAAAACAUCUGAAAGUCAACCAUUUGGGUCAUUUUCUGCUUACUAAACUGUUGAAACCAUGUUUACAAGCAUUUGAAGGAGAAUACUGUCGCAUAAUUAUUCUAUCCUCCUUUUCACACUGGUUUGCUAAAUUGGAUCCAAAAAGUGAAGAUCUAUCAGGCAGAGGUUCUGGAUAUGCAAUUAGUAAACUAUUGAAUGUGGUUCAUGCACGUGAAAUUUGUAAACGUUGGUCUAACGAUGGGAUUGUCGCAGUCAGUGUUCAUCCUGGUUUAGUGAGAACAUCUAUUUUUCGUUCUACUAAAUGGAAAUAUGUAUUAUCACAGCGUGGUUUGAAGUGA